CGACACUAACACUCACCUAUAUUAUUAUCGUUUGUCUUCUCACGAUCAUUGUAUUCGCCCUCCCUGGGGUGCGCGUUAUUAUGCACGAUUCAUUCGAAAGGACCCACCGCGUAUGUAUUUUCCUCCAUGCAAUUUGUUAGCUAGUCAUCCCUGUCUAUUAGUUCGCGGGUUGGUUCGUAACCGCGCUUGUAUGGGCACAUACGGUCCUAUUUCUUAACGACCUCAAGCCUGCCGGGACAUCAUUGACUCACGCCAUGGUUAACUCCCCGUCGUUCUGGAUGGUCGUGGCCCUCACAAUCUCUAUCAUUAUUUCAUGGUUAACGCUACGGAAGAUCCCUGUCAAGUCGGAAGUUCUCUCGGACCACGCAGUCCGUAUCCAUUUCGACUAUGCCCACCCUGUCCCUGGCAGCUUCGCACGAUUUUCCUCGGACCCUCUCUUCGAAUGGCAUUCCUUCGCAACCAUUUCGAUUCCAGAGGAGAAAGGGUUCAGUGUCAUUGUUAGCCGUGCAGGGGAUUGGACGAGCAAAGUCAUCGCUAAUCCCCCCACUUCCCUCUGGGUUCGUGGCGUACCAACUUGCGGAGCCCUUCGUGUCGUGCCCCUCUUCAGACGCAUUAUCCUCGUUUGCACUGGAAGUGGCAUUGGGCCCAUCGCACCCCAUCUCUUCAGGCCGGGCCGUGCGCCAAUGAUACUUCUUUGGGUUUCUCGCGACGUUCGCAAAACAUUCGGCGACAAGUUUGUCGAUGCCGUCCUCCGAGCAAGCCCUGAUGCAAUUAUAUAUGAUACUCGAAAGCACGGAAAACCUGAUAUGGUGAAAUUGGCUUACCGCAUGUACAAGGACUUCGAUGCUGAGGCUGUUGCCGUCCUGUCAAAUCAGAGACUGACCGAGAAGGUGGUGUACGGGCUACUCAGCCGAGGAGUGCCUGCAUUUGGUCCUAUCUUCGAUUCGUAGAAACUUUAGAGUCUAUCUCUGCUGCUGCGGAAAUUCUAAGACACCGCUUUGUGGUUCAAAAGCAGCUUAAAUCACCUCGUUCCCCAUAGACUAAUCCAUACUCCCCUUCUUUCAACAACUCUCGUGUAUUGGAAUGGUUCUUUGCUUGAUGAAUGUGAUGAGUUACCUGGCGGCGCCAGACUUCACUGCACGCGCACUUUGGACGUUAAGAACAGGAGUGAAAACUACGCAGUUCAGCGUCUUCCGACACCAUUCUGACCAGAUUAGAUUUCUCAAAGUGCGUACUCGGAUUCCAAUCCAAAGCGGAAAUUUGCACAGUUCGUCUAUAUAAACGUAAACAACCAGGAAGUCUCGAAAUAAAGAUAUUG